AUGGCCGGGUCUCCUAGUCGCGCCGCGGGCCGGCGACUGCAGCUUCCCCUGCUGUCCUUCCUCCAGGGCGCCACUGCCGUCCUCUUUGCUGUCUUUGUCCGCUACAACCACAAAACCGACGCUGCCCUCUGGCACCGGGGCAACCACAGUAAUGCGGACAAUGAAUUUUACUUUCGCUACCCAAGCUUCCAGGACGUGCAUGCCAUGGUCUUCAUGGGCUUUGGCUUCCUCAUGGUCUUCCUGCAGCAUUGCGGCUUCAGCAGCGUGGGCUUCACCUUCCUCCUGGCCGCCUUUGCCCUGCAGUGGUCCACACUGGUCCAGGGCGUUCUCCACUGCUUCCGCGGUGGCCACAUCCAUGUUGGCGUGGAGAGCAUGAUCAACGCUGACUUUUGUGCGGGGGCCGUGCUCAUCUCCUUUGGUGCCGUCCUGGGCAAGACCGGGCCUGCACAGCUGCUGCUCAUGGCCCUGCUGGAGGUGGUGCUGUUUGGCAUCAAUAAGUUUGUGCUCCUUCAUCUCCUGGGGGUGAGAGAUGCCGGAGGCUCCAUGACUAUCCACACCUUUGGUGCCUACUUCGGGCUCGUCCUUUCGCAGGUUCUGUACAGGCCCCAGCUGGAGAAGAGCAAGCACCGCCAGGUCUACCAUUCAGACCUCUUCGCCAUGAUUGGGACCAUCUUCCUGUGGAUUUUCUGGCCUAGCUUCAAUGCUGCACUCACAUCGCUGGGGGCUGGGCAGCAUCGGACGGCCCUCAACACAUACUACUCCCUGGCUGCCAGCACCCUUGGCACCUUUGCCUUGUCAGCCCUUGUAGGGGAAGAUGGGAGGCUUGACAUGGUCCACAUCCAAAAUGCAGCGCUGGCUGGAGGGGUUGUGGUGGGGACCUCAAGUGAAAUGAUGCUGACACCGUUUGGGGCUCUGGCAGCUGGCUUCUUGGCUGGGACUGUCUCCACGCUGGGGUACAAGUUCUUCACGCCCAUCCUUGAAUCGAAAUUCAAAGUCCAAGACACAUGUGGAGUCCACAACCUCCAUGGGAUGCCGGGGGUCCUGGGGGUCCUCCUGGGGGUCCUUGUGGCUGGGCUUGCCACCCAUGAAGCUUACGGAGAUGGCCUGGAGAGUGUGUUUCCACUCAUAGCCGAGGGCCAGCGCAGUGCCACGUCACAGGCCAUGUACCAGCUCUUCGGGCUGUUUGUCACACUGAUGUUUGCCUCUGUGGGUGGGGGCCUCGGAGGGCUCCUGCUGAAGCUACCCUUUCUGGACUCCCCCCCAGACUCCCAGUGCUACGAGGACCAAGUUCACUGGCAGGUGCCUGGCCAGCAUGAGGAUAAAGCCCAGAGACCUCUGAGGGAGGAGGCAGACACUCAGGCCUAACCCACUGCUGGCCCCUGAGGACACGUUCCUUUUCGGAGAUGCUGACUGGCUGCUACUAGGA